UACCACUUAAUCUAUCUGCAUCAAUUUAUAGCCUCUUUUUCACCUCUUUAUAAUGAUGUUUGUGCCUUUGUGUCAGAAGCAAAUUUAGCAACCACACCUUUAGUCCCUUCAUCUGUUAUAUGAAAAGCUGAGGCCUUAGUAAAAAUACAUGUAACACUCCUCUCUCUGUAUCUUGCCAAACAGAAAAAUACCUAGUUACAUAGUCUACCCAUUUUCCUGUUAGCCAGCCAAUCUUCCAUCCAAGUCAAUAUAACCACAUGCAUCAUUAUCUUUUAUUUUCAACAAUAACACUUCAAAAGUGUCCUGGAAAGUAUAAGCACAAUAUUGUAUAUCGAGUAGCAUUGCAGCUCACGGGACACUGUUACCGCUUUGAGUUGUAUUCCGGUUCUGAGUUCAAUUCCAGUGUCCUCUGCAAGAAACCUUGUAUAUUCUUCCCAAGUGCGCAUGGGUUUCCUCUAGUGUUCCAUUUUCCUCCUACAGCCAAAGAGUUAGUAGAUUAAUAGUUCAUUGUAAAUUGUCCCGUGAUUAGGGUAGGGGUUAAAUCAGUGGAUUGCUGGUCAGAACAGCUCAUUGGGCGGAAGGGCCAGCUCCCCACUGUAUCUCGAGAUAAAUAAAAACAUAUAAUUCCUCAUUAUCCAGAGAUCAAAGAAUUCCAAUGAACUGGUUGAACAUAAUUUUCCUUUCACAGAAACAUGCUGACUUUUCUUAAAAUUGCUGCAUUUAUCUCAUGGUGUGCUGGAACAUUUAAUAAUAGUUUCUCUAUUUAAUAACUUCCCUGUGUCAGAUGUCAAGCUAGCCCAGAGUUUCUGUCUUUGCAUCUCUCUCCCUUUUGGAAAUAACGAAUUGGAUAUUUUUGUUUCUCAACCCAAUGGAACUUCUCUUGAUUCCAGGGAAUUUGGGAAAAUUAAAACCAAAAUAGUUACAAUCUCUGAAAAUCUUAAUUAAAGCAAAAUUGCAGACAAUGGAAAACUAAAAUAAAAACAGAAAACACUGGAAAUACUCAACAGGUCAGGUGACAAGAGCCUUCAAAUUUAAGCUGGUAUCUGCAGCUUGGUAUACAGGUAUUCCAGUUGGAGGAAUACUGCAGAUCAGGCAUCAUCAGCUGAGGGAAAUGGACAGUCCAGAUGAUAGGUCUCGAUCCGGAACGUCGACUGUCUGCUUUCAUUUACAGAUGCCAAGUGAGACGCUCAGGUUGUUUUAUCUCGCACUGUUGUGAUGAAUUGAUUUGUAUGGACGGUAUGCAAGACAAGUGCUUUCAGUGUACCUCAGACCAUAUGACAAGAAAAACAAAUCUACCAUUUUUUCCGGUCUCAGCAUCUUACGUCACCAAUCGGUUUGCUGAAAAAAAAAUCAAUAUUUUAUUAAAUAACGUCAUGAAGUAGAGGGGAGGCGGGAGAUGACACUGAGGGGAGGGAAUGGGAACAGAAAGGGAGCGGGUGAGAGUGGAGCGGCGAUGGGAGACAUUCCAAUGAGGAGGGCACUGAUCAGGAGUUGUUGCUCUUUCUGCCAUGAUCGGCUUUCAUUGCAACACAGACAACCGUUCCGCGGCAUCCCGAGUUGUAAGAGUCCUGGACCGGUGGGAUGAAAGCUCGUCGACGUCCAGGUUGCCUCGGCUCUCUCGCCCGCCGACGAUGAAAAUGGUGGCGGAACACGACUCGGGUUGGGGGUUUCUGCCCUCAGCGAGACCGCCCAGGCGCAGCGCCAAGCCCUCGCGAAAGUGAAAGAAAGGAAGUGCGAGUCCGUCACCGCCCCGGCGUUCACACGGAGAAAUGAAGAAAAGUGGAGAGGCCAUGGGCUGCGCCGGGAAAUUUCUGCCGCGCCUCGUACCCCGGGUGGUCGCGGUCUUGGCUCUGCUCCGACUUUCAGAAUGUGACCUAAUAGUGUCUAUGAAUUCAAGAACUGUUGAAGCCAUUGUGAAUAAAGAUGUUCUUCUUGAAUGCCGUGUGUCUGGUUACAAGGACAAUGAAAUUGACCUUUUAAGAAUUGCAGUUUAUUGGUACUUUCAAAAACCUGGCUCUUCUAACAAACAAGAAAUAUAUCAGUUCGGUGGAGGAAAGCAUACACCAUACAGAAAAGGAGCUGAAAUAUUUGACAACGAAUUGAAGAAGGGAAUUGCUUCUCUUUUUCUUCCACUUGUGCAAUUUAAUGAAGAAGGAGAUUAUAUCUGUUCUGUUUUUAUUGGCACAGACAAUGGAGAAGGAAAAUCUUCCAUGACUGUUUCAGCCAUACCAACUGUGACAUUAUCUUCAACCAACAUCACAAUUGAGAAUGGUACUGAAAAAUCAGUAAACUGUGACAGUACCGGUUUUUAUCCCUUGAAAAUUGAGAUGAGCUGGUUAAAGAAAUCUAGAGGUGGAGAAGAAAAGAUUCUGAAGGAUAUCUGCACAGGAUCCCCAAUUAAAAAUAAUGAUGGAACCUACAGUGUUUCUAGUCGUAUGAGGUUACAGCCAUCGCUCCAAGAUAAUGCUAAUAUUUACGUAUGUUUUGUGAGACACAGAUCACUUCGUAAUGGUGAAAGGUUGGAAACCACUCUGAGUGUAACAGAGCCAGAAGUUGUUAUACCAGGGAAAAUAAUAGCUGGCAGUGUGUUUGCUGUUCUACUAAUAUGUUCACUGAUCAUGAUCAUUGGAUUUAUGAUGUAUCUGCGAUAUUUCAGAAAAGUACCUCCUAAAGUUUCUGAUAUCAGCCUGCCUCCACGCAUUGUACAUUUGGAAGAAACUGUUCUGACUUGUGAUAUAUCUGGAUAUAAACCUUCAAAUAUUUAUAUUAAAUGGUUCCUACAAAAAAAGGAUGGAAUACAACAUAUGAUUCACGAGUGGACUUCUCUGUCAGAGAACUUGAAAGCACCAGAGGAGAUGGAUCAGCAGAAACUUAUUUCAAGUUCUGAAUGUCCAGUGGAAGCUUUUGCAUUUGAGAUGUCAGCUGUCACAAACAGUGAUGGUACCUCCAGUCUGAAGUGUAAAGUUAUCUUCUGCCCUAAUAUUGAAGAAAAUAAUGAAGCUGUCCUUUCCCUUCAUGUUUUGCAUUGUAGCAAUUAUAGAAAGCCUAUUGUUAAGACCAUCACAUUGCAAGUUGAAGGAAUUGAACCAAAGAUGACAGCCAUUCUAGUACCUCCUUGCAUCAUUCAUGAAGAAUUGUUCGAAUUGUCCUGUCCAAUUGAUGUAUUUAAGCCAAGACCACUGGCUAUCACUUGGUACCAGAAGAAGAAUGACAAAUUGAAAGAAAUUGUGAAAUAUGGGCCACAAUUUCAAAAAUUUGCUGGGAAUGAAACAAAUCUUCCCAAAUAUUCCCAUACGCUAAAUGAGGUGAAAUAUGAAGACCAUACUUACAGUAUCUUAAGUGUUCUUGCGUUUAUACCAACCAUUCAGGAAGACCAUGACACAGAGUAUAUUUGUGAAGCUCAACAUCCGUCCACAGGUUCAAAUAUACAGAAGGGUGUUACGCUAAGCAUAAAAGCAAUCCCAAAAUGUGAUGAUAUAAAAAUCGAUCCUGAAGUCCCAAUUGUAGAAGAAUUUGGUUUCGCAUCAUGCCGAAUAUAUUCCUUUUUCCCAAAAAACGUCAAAGUUAUCUGGAAAAUGGAUAAUAAUAUACUGGAGGAAAUGAAUGCUGAACCUGAAGCUAUCUUGGGAAAGGAUGGUCGUUAUAGCUACACAAGUCGUUUGAAAUUUAUUCCUGAAAGAGAAGAUUUGGGGAGGUUAUUAACGUGUGAAUUCCAGCAUGAAAGUAUGACAGACACCAAGAAAACUAGCUGUAAAUUGGUUAAAUUGAUAUCUUCUCCAUUAAUGGACAACAUGACAGUUGAACCACAAUACCCAGAGCCAGGAAAAGAAGCAACGUUCCUAUGCAUUGCUUAUGGCUUCUUUCCGGAGAAUGUCAUGUUUAUGUGGUUCAAAAAUGAUAAGAGGAUUGACGAUCAUGAAAUAACUUCUACCACCCCAGAGAUAGAUAAAAAUACCGGCUUCUACUACAGUGAGAGUCGAUAUAAAUACAUAAUUUCGGUAGAAGAUCGGCAGAUUGAUUUCAAAGUUGAGGCUCUUCAUUUUCCAACUUCUCACAGACCUACAAGGAUUUUUCACACGUUGCAUCUUGGAGGAAUUCCAAAGAUUUCUGAUGUCAUUCUUGAGCCAGAAAAUCCAUUAUAUGGCCAGCCUCUUGUUCUUAAAUGUAAUGUAACCACUUGUUCUCACAAUGCAAUUUCCACCCAAUGGCUAAUGGAUGAGGAACCCAUCUUAAAAGGAAUCAAAAAUUCAAGCCCCACAAUGGAAAAAGAUGGAUCUUAUCAUUUGUGCUCCUGUCUAGAGUUUAUGCCAACAGCAUUGCAUUAUAAUAAGCAAUUUGCCAUUGUGGUGAAAAAUGGACUUUCAUCUGAUGGUAUUAAAAAGCAGUUUCGUUUACCGCUUCCAGGUCAUUUCCCCACUGUGUCUGAAAUCAAGUGCAACCCAACACAUCUGGAGGAAAACAAAAUGGCUACUUUCACGGUUUCACUGACCAAUUAUGUGCCGCUGGAAAUUGAAGUGAAGUGGUUCAAAGGAGAACAACCCUUCACAGGACCUGUGAAUAAUAGUCAACCUCAGAUUAAUGCAAGUGGUCUUUUUUCUUCAACAACCAGCAUAGAAUUUGCUCCAGAACGAUCUGAUCGGAAUUUGGAAGUCAGAUGUGCGAUAUUUCACUCAGAGACAAGCAAAAGAAUAGAACAAAAGUUUCAUUUAACAUUUUGAGGUGCUGUCAGAUCUAUUGACUAUUUGCAGAGACUUUAUCUAAUAAUAUGUAAAUGGAAGCAAUGAACCUUUUUAGGAUGAUUAAAUAAGCCUUGAGUUAAAAAGUGGAUAUUCACGAUGGGGCUGUGAAACUUCAGAACAGUCAUGAAAACCCCACUGCUAAUAUCUGCUGCAACACCCACAAAAUACUGGAGGAACACAGGCAUGGAAAAGAGUAAACAGUCUAUGUUUCGGGCUGAAAUUCUUCAUCAGGACUGGAAAUGAAGAGGAGAAAUGUGUGCUGCUCUGGAUUUCCAGUAUCUACAGAUUUUCUCAUGUUUGUGAUAUUAAUAUCUCCUGUCCCUGCUCA